AUAUAUAUAUAUAUAUAUAUAUACAUAUAUAUAUAUAUAUAUAUAUAUAUAUAUAUAUAUAUAUAUACACACACUAUAUUGCCAAAAGUAUUGGAACGCCUAUCCAAGUCAUUGGAUUCAGGUGUUCCAAUCACCUCCAUUGCCACAGACAUGCAGACUGCUUCUACAAACAUUUGUGAAAGAAUGGGUCGCUCUCAGGAGCACAGUGAAUUCAAGCAUGGUUCCGUGAUAGGUUGCCACUUGUGCAAUAAGUCCAUCCGUGAAAUUUCCUUGCUACUAAAUAUUCCACGCUCAACUGUUAGUGGUAUUAUAAAAAAGUGGAAGCAACUGGGAACAACAGCAACUCAGCCGUGAGGUGGUAGGCCACCUAAAAUGACAGAGUGGGGUCAAGGCAUGCUGAAGCACAC